AGUAAAAAGCAAUCUCAUCAUUUCGUUUAACAAACUCCACCAUUCACCAUCAGAGUCAUCGCUUAAGCUCCACCAUCUGAAGACUUAUGUUCAAAAAUUUACUCUCAAUUUCGAAAACGUAAAGGUAAAUCUAUGUUCAGACUGAGAUUGGUAGAAGACACUAACUACAGCUAGUAUCUUCCACUCUCUGGAUUGAAAGCAUGCGAGACGUGUUGUGGCCUGAGAUCCUCUAUAUUUCUUUGUAUUCGUGUAUAUUCGGGUCGUCCCCGUUUAGCCCUAACGCGAGGCAUUUUCUAGGUGCCUCCGCCGGGUCUCGUCAGGUUUUCGCGCCUUCAUCGUCGAAGGUAUAUCGACAUAGUUGCUUUCGUGAAGGUGGAAAAAGAGACAUGGACUAGCUGCAACAGACUACGAAACCCCCUAAGUUGGUCCUAUAUGAAGUUUAUGCUAUGGGUUUUAUCUGGUGGUAUCCUUCAUAAGGUGCUUGUAGCUAACUAUAGCCAGCCCAUGAGGACGCCGGCGGAUCAAGUUAUGGAGUCGAUGAAUAGGCUGUAGACGGACCCCAGCCUAACCCUAAGCUCUUCGCACACCUCUUCAAAAUAGGGAUGCAUUCGUACACGUGGCCAGGGCCCUUUUU